UGCCUUAGCUUCAGUUUGGAGGUUCGGAGGCGAAAGUAGAAAGUAACAUCUGCGACGACUAAUUUUUCGGUGUUUUAUUUAAUUUAUUUAUUUAUUUAACUCCUCUGUCGCACUCUCGUUAUACAGGAAGUAUUCCGUUGAAUACAAUAACUUAUAUGGUUUGGUUGUAAAACAGGUUUCGAUUUCGUCGGAGUCACGCGCUUUUAAAUCAAUGUCGUCAGAGUGAGAAUCAGUCCGUGUCGGUUUAAAAUCAGCAGAUGAGAGCCUCUAAAACACGCAGUCAAUAAUGGUUGCAUUCGUCGCUGCGAUGGGAACCACUGGGCGGUGUGGUAUUCUACUUUUUACUCUCCUGGCACAGUUCUGCUGUGCGCACAGUUGGAAGAUCGAUCCACUCAUUCUUAAUGAGCAGUUGUUAUGGAUUGGGGGUGGAGCAGGGGAGGUGCACACCUAUCGGAUCCCCCUGAUUACCUUCACUCCUCGGGGCAGCUUGCUGGCCUUCGCUGAGGCCAGGAAGAGUUCCUCCGUAGAUAUGCAGGCUAAAUUCAUUGCCCUGCGACGUUCCACAGACAGAGGCCUGACUUGGUCGCCCACCUCCUUCAUAGUGGAUGAUGGUUCUUUGGUGGACGGGCUGAAUCUGGGCUCUGUCAUUGUGGAUGAGGAGAGGAAAUCUGUGAUGCUCAUUUACUCUUUGUGCUUCUACCACUACCACUGCAGCCCCUCCAGCACCAUGUUAAUAGAGAGCCUGGACGAUGGCCUGAGCUGGAGUGCCCCGCGUAACCUCUCCGUCCAGCUGGGGGUCAAAAGCUUCAUCCCCGGGCCUGGUUUCGGCAUCCAGAAGCGUUACAAUCCAGCCAAAGGGCGUCUUGUGGCAUGUGGUCAUGGCACCAUCUCAGGUGAUGGUGUUUUCUGCAUCUUUAGCGACAACCAUGGCAGAACUUGGAAGAAUGGGGCUGCAUUGAAGAGCAUUCCCUACAACCAACCCAAACAGAGUCAAGACUUUAAUCCAGAUGAGUCCCAGCCUGUUGAGAUGGAGGAUGGAACCAUAGUUGUCAACAUCCGCAACCAAAUGAAGUACCAUUGUAACUGCCGGAUCAUUGCGAGGAGUCUGGACGGAGGCGAGUCUCUCCCUAUGGAGGAGGUGACGUUUGACAAAACGCUGGUGGAUCCUGUAGUUGCAGCCGGUGCCCUGCAGAAGGAGGGAGUGCUCUACUUCACCAACCCGGCCAACUCAGAGCACAGGGUUAAUCUGACUCUUCGAUGGUCUCUGACCAAUGGCAAAUCAUGGCAAGAAGAAGCGGUUCAGAUCUGGGCGGGGCCAAGUGGCUAUUCUUCUAUGACAUCACUCAAGUCUGACUAUCCUGAAGAUAAGAAGUACAUCUACGUCAUUUAUGAAAAGGGUCACAAAGACUACUGCGAGACCAUAUCAUUUGCCAAAAUUCACCUCUAUGGGGGACUGUAGUUUGAAGAAAAGGCAAACAUAGGGGAAAAGUCUGUGAGGAAAAAGAAAACAGACCUGCAGGGAGAUUGCUAAUUUGUGUCCUAAGCCAGGAGUGUGUGUUCUCUCUAGCCUAUGUUAUGUUCUCAGGAAAGACAGAGUAUGACACCAUUUUAAGAACAUGAACCAAAUGGACUUUUUUUCAGUGCAGGUAAACUUCUUUGCAGGUGACUUCAGAAAAUUUCAGUCUCUAAGAUCUGUUUGAAAUCCAGUCCUCAAAUCAAAAAUGGUGCUGAUUUCCUUUAAAGCGCAAGCACUUUAAUUCAUGUCUAUCACCUGUGUUUAUGUAACUGUUUGUGUUUAUACAUGCCCUGAUUUUUGUAUGCUGUA